CAACACUGAAUUGUCCAUUUUCAACUUCAGACGCAACACACCAUGGGAGGCAAGGCUAAGACGCAGAAGCACACCGCGAAGGAGAUCAACAUGAAGCACAAAGCUGCCAAGGAACGUGCUGGGGGUGCCGGUGGUGGGGCCUCUGGCUUGGAAAACCGCAAGUGUCAAAAAGUCGGCGUGAAAUGCGACGUUUGCUUGAACGAGUUCUUAUCGUUCCCCGACAUGCGCAUCCACUACGACUCGCGCCACCCCCGUGAAGUAUUUCCUGAAGAAGCGGUGAAGGAAGCGUUCCUUGCCGCCAAGAACAAAACUGCCGAGCGACGAGUUGGCCAUCAACAAGGCAAGCUAGACUACAAGCACAAGGAGGACGCGGCCAAGCCGGCGCCGGCAGGUGGGCGUGCUAAAGCCGCUGCGGACGAUUUGGCUGCGUUGCUCUCUGCCGGUGUCGCCGGCAUGAAGUAAACGGUGGUCACUGCAUCCAAGUGAGAAGGAUUGAUUAAUAUUACCUGCAAAUACGAGCAUUAUUCGUCGAGUUCAUCCUUGGUACUAAGUGCUAUUGUCAAGUCGAU